AUGGCUUUAAUUCGUGGGAUGAACAGCCGCUGUUGCUGUCCAAUCUGUUUAGUGCCUACUGAAAAGCUGAUGGACCUGCAUCUUGAUUUUCCUCUUCGCACUGCUGCAGAUUCAAGAGCUAUUGUUAAAGCAGCACAAACCAUGAAGCGAGAGGAGGCAAAUGAGCUUCUCAAGAUAUAUGGUCUACGCCCAGUUGAAAAUGUUUUCUGGAACAUUGCUAACACUGAUGUGCAUCAAGCACUAUCAUUUGAUCGCCUGCAUGCAUAUCAUCUUGGCCUAUUUGGUGACCAUCUCUUUGCUGAGGUCUUGCAAAUGCUAGGAGGACUUGGACGAAAUGCAGCAAGCCAGGCAGAUCAACAGUAUGAAUAUUUCAUUGAUAUAUGUUAUUGA